AUGAUCCGAUAUUCUGUCUUGUUGACCUCUAUUUUUGCUGUAUUUGCCAUGUUGACGGUCUUUUCUUCGAUCAAUACUAUUCAAUAUCGACUAUAUAAACGAAACACUCAAUUUUAUCCAUGCAAUAACUUAGAAUCUAAUGCAACCACGCUUACUAAUGCAACCUCGCUUAUUAAUGUAACCAAGCUUACUAAUGCAACCAUAAUUGAUAAUGCGGCCAUGAUUGAUAAUGCAAUAAUUCGUCCUAAUCCAUCAAUUGGGAAAGCCAGUGUUAUUAUGCCAAUAGGAGAUAUUAAUAUUACUAGUGGAGAUCGAUUCAUUUUUGAAAUUAAACAUAAUAACAAUACCCUCAUAUUCCAAAAUGGUACUGAUAUUUGUAAUAAUGCCAUAUGUCCGACUAAAGAGGAUGUAAUAGAAUUUACUACUUCAAUCCCCGAGUUGCCACGUGAAUCUUCUGAGUACUACAUGGUAAUUAGAAUUGAAUCUAAUGUUACUGAGAGUAUACUACCAGUAGACUUUAAUUCUGUCACUGAAAAUUCAUCAAAUUCAUCUGAUACAACUAUUUUAACUAAUUCAAGAAAAUUAAAAGCUU